UUUACUUAUUUUAUUCUUCAAGCGCUGUCGUUCUGUUUACGUCUCUCUGCUUCAUUUAAGAUGAUGGUAAAAGAAAUGGAAUCAGCAGAAAAUUCGCUCGGUCCCCCGGCAACCAUGCUUUGGAUCAAAGAUUAUUUGCGGUAUUUGGCCAAUCCAAGCGCAUCCAAGUUAGAUGUUCUGUUUGGAAUAUCCGGUCCCGAAGUUAGUGAUACUGCUUAUAGAACAGAAGGUUAG